GUUCAGGUGUUGCUAGUUAUUCUGGCUGUAGCUUGCUUCUGUCUGGCUCACCUUUGACUGAUUCUUUUUUAGGGUAAGAAGUUCUCAACAUCCUAAAAAUGCCCAUAAUCAACUCCUUUGGCCCACUGGAGAUGUACAUUGAUAAGGAAGAAGGUGUUGCCCUGCAGGCUGAUAAUGGAAGAUACUGGAGCUGCAUUUCAUAUGACUCAGAAGGUCUCAAGAUGUACAUUGAAGCUGCAAAAGAGCACAAAGACAGCUGGUGCAAAUUUCAUGUGAGCAAAACUUCAGAUGGGAAGAUCUCUUUGCAGGACAAGAGAGGAAUGUAUCUGAGUAGAUACUAUGAAGAUGACAUUCAGUAUAUUAAACCAGUGAAGUCUUCCCCUGAUGAAUGCUGUGAGUUCAGUGUCUUUACAGAUGAUACAAAGAUCCUCCUUAAAGCAGACAAUGGAAUGUAUUUAAGUAGAAUGUAUCGAAAGCACCAAAAUAUAGAGGCUGCAAAAGACGGGCCUGAUGAGUGUUGUAAAUUUGCAGUAAGCAUUGGGGAUGUCAUUGAGCCAUCUUUUCAGAUCCUCAAUGUGGAAGUGAAAGACUCCUCAAAGCUUCCAACAGUGCCCACUGCUGUGGCAGUCCAAAGCUAUACUAACAAAACUAGCAUUGCUCAGAGCCACACAUUCAAACUGUCUUGGGAAGUCAAGAAGACGGAGUCUACCACCUGGACCAAUUCCUGGGGUUUCUCUUCAACAUUAUCCUCUCAAUUCAAACUUUUAGAUUUUGAGGUCACGGUUUCUUAUAAUGGGUCAGUUGGAAAAACUUCUUCUGUAGAGAAGACCUCCACUGUUGCUCAGGAGACCACCAUCACUGUCCCUCCAGGGAAAAAGGUGGAUUGUAAGUUAAUGGUGGUUAAAGAUGAUAAUGCCACUGUUCCAUUUAAAGCUACAAUUAAGAAAACCAAUCCCAACGGAGUAGAAACCAUCUUCACUGAAGAAGGAACCUGGAAUGGGGUGUGUUAUGCAAAUGUGAAUAUUAUUGCAUCAGAAGAAGAAAUUUAGGCACUUUCAUUCUUGGGUGGUUUACAUUUACAUGUCUUGAAACUAUGUUCCUACAGAGUAAGAUUGUCAGCUUGGUCUUGAUUUAUUCCUCAAACAAAUGGCUAGAGCAUGUGUUACCAAUGUUGUAAAUCAAUAUUAACAGCUUCUGUCAUAUGUAAUGUAAAUUAUCCUAAAAUAAACCUUAGC